AUGGGUACUAUCUCCAACCCAGCAACGAGCUAUUCAUUAAUGGAUACGUGGUUUGAUUUGGACGAAGCACUGACGCUGCCUGAAGAACAUAUAGGAGGCGCCUGUGGCGGUGGAAAUAUAAAUAGUAAUGCAACGGGGACAGUUAACACUUUGGUAGCCAACAUGCCAACGGUGGCUGCAGUUGAACUUAAAGCUGCAAUUUGCUCAGUUUGUGCUCAAGGUUUUGAUCAUGAUCAAUGUUCAGACGAUGAUGAAGAAGAAGAAAUAAAAAUGAAUGGUAUUGCCAUUGGUGUUGGUAAGCAAGUCCCUUGUGGGCAUGUUUACCACGAAACAUGCAUAGCAAAGUGGAUUUCCAAUUCUAACUCUUGCCCUCUCUGCCGUUCCCCAAUCCUCUCUAAUUAA